UCCGGUGCAACAGGCGCUGCGUAUCCGCUACGAUCCGCAGUUCACAACUUUCCCGUUCAAAGUGACGCUGUUUUGUCACAAGUAGCACCUGGAGGAAUUUACCGACAUGUCAAAUUCUGCGAGAGUUGUACUCGUUCUCGGCGGUGCUGGAACUGUGGGCUCCGGGAUUGUAAAAGCGCUUCUGGACAGAGGUUCCAGAGUGGUGGUUGUGUCCAGAGACAGUAACAGACUGGAGAAUCUGAAGAGCUUUGUCACUCCAUCCAGCAAAGGCAACCUGAUCACACUGGAAGGGAAUGUGGGGUCGGAGGAGGAUGUAGAGAGGGUGAAGCAGGCCACGGUGGCAGCGGCGGGGAAGCUGACGGACGUUGUGUCGUCUCUGGGCUUCAGCUGGUGGCAGGGUGGGCUCCCGCACACCCAGACCCUCAAGGAACUGCAGUCGGUAGUGGACACUCGGUUGCUCAGCACCUUUGUGUCCUGGAAGGCCUUCUUCCCCCUGAUUAUGGAUAACCCCGGCAGCACCUACACCUUCAUCACAGGGGGCGCUAGCGACAGGCUGUUGAAGCCGGGUACGGGGUUUCUGACGGUGGGGGCGGCGUGUGCACUGGCGUUCUGCCAGAUCGUGCGGGACGAGUACCCGGACGUGGCCUGCAAAUUCAACCAGGUGGUAAUCAACACGGGUGUGGCCCCUCCAGACCGCAUGGCGCCCGGGUUCCUGAGCCACCUGGACAUGGGGGAGGCCGUGGCUGCACUGGUGGAGAGACAGAGUCCCUCGCACAAAGUCGUCACUGUCCAAUUCCCCGCAGACCUCAAAGCCAUCCAGGAGGGCAACAUAUAGACCUGCCCCACCCUGCACACACUACACCAUUACACCCGCAUUACACUAAAGGCAGCUUUGGUACCCAGCAAAUUUUUUUCAACUCAGUCCAGGGGAAAGGCAAUCUUAAAGGAGCACUGUCAUGCUUAUCUUAUUUGGAUUAAAUGCUUAAAUUCUGGGUGUAGGCCUUUUUAAAAUAACCGACAGCGUAGCCAUUUCCUAAAUAUAGGACAAAACUUCUAUGGGCAAACACGUCCAGUGACAUAAUUUUGUGGGAGUGUCAUGUGAUUGCCUGGAUGUGUGGCCGUCCAUAAACCAGUCUCUGCGUUCAAGGGUGGAGUUUCAGUGUCUGUUACCUUGUGGGACACUGACUGGAGAUUUAAGCCAAAAACAUCUAGUGAUGUCACUGGAUGCGUUUUCCCAUAGACAUUCGGCCCCAUAUUUAGGAAACGGCUACACUGACAAUUACUUAAAAAAUACCUCCACACAUAAUUCAACAAUUUAAUCCUAAGAGCUCAUGUUAACUGCGUACAUUACUAUAUUAGCCUCUUUAUAGGGUAAAUAAUUUUUGAAAAAUGAAAAUAGUGGACCUAAGCAGCUUCCAUGUGGAACUCCACAAAACAUAUCUUGCGAUCAUAUUUUGCUCUCAGAGGCUGAGAAAGCCUGUGUUCUGGUGACAUCACCUCAGGAGAACACAGGUCUGCUUCAGGGGGUCCCUUAUGAUUCAGAAUGUCUUAAUUGCAUCCGUGAUGAUUGGUGUGGGCUUGAGUUUGUUAAAUAAACAGUCCUGGCUAACCUCUCUGUA